GAUUCCAGGUGACCUUUAUCACCAAAUGCCAAACGCGCACGGCUUGUGCUUCCUCCAUGUGUGAGAGCGGCCCUGCAUUCCCUCCGGUACCCAGACCCCUGCGCUCGUGCUCCAGCUCGCUCCAAAGCGUGAGCUCUCUCUCUCUCUCUCUCUCUCUCUCUCUCUCUCUCUCUCUCUCUCUCUCUCUUUCUCUCUGUCUCUCUCCUUCAUCUUCCUCUUCCUCCUCUCUCCAUCUCGCAGUUGGAUUCAGUUACAGUGAGCGUCAGGAUGGCAACAUAAAAAAAAAAAACAAAUCUAAUGGAACAACUGAGACGGGAGACCGCUGUGAGGUUUUUACGACGUGCGAAUAGCGAGCCAUAACCUCGACAGGAAAAAAAUCAAAAAGAAAAGAAAAGAAAUCAAGAUGCGAGGCAGCACGAAGGCAUCCGGGGGUCAAGUUUACGCGGCGGCGGAUGCGCGCGGGCUCCAGGAGCAGCUGGCCGGAUGAAGUGAGACUCGGCGCGCAGCGGCAGCAGCGUGCCACGGGCGGCCACGCAUUCGGGAUCUGGAAUCAUUUCUGGGGACAAAACAACUCGGCCACCUUCUCCUCCCCGCCCCCUCACGGCACAUCAAUGAGGAAUGUGACUGUGUCUGUCUCUGUCCAGACGGGCUGGAUGAAGCCCUCGGCGGUGUCAUGCGUCUUGCCCCGCAGCCAACAAGCGCGCAACCCCUGCGGCUCGUAGUCUUCCUCGCGCUCCUCCUGGGCGCCGGGGUCGUGCCGUCCCCGGUGAUCUCCGCCGGCUGCCCGGACAGGUGCGUGUGCGACGACCAGCUGGUGGUCCAGUGCGCCGGGCAGCACCUGGCCGCCUUCCCGGUCGACCUGCCGCUGGCCACGCGGCAGCUCAUCAUCUCCAACAACCGCAUCGCGGAGCUGCCGCCGCUGGCGCUCAACUACCUGUCCGACCUGGUCUACCUGGACUGCAGCAACAACUCGCUGACCGAGGUGUCCGAGUCCACCUUCGGGAACCUGCGCAAGCUGGCCUACCUGGACCUCUCCUUCAACGCCUUGCGCCGGAUCGAGGACCGGACGUUCGGGCCCCUGGCCGGCCUGGUGAUGCUGCGGAUGACGGACAACCCGGGGCUCUCCGACAUCCACCCGGACGCCUUUUCGGAGAACGAGGCGCUUCAGGUGCUCGACGUGAGCCGGAACAACCUGACGGCGCUCAACAUCACGUCGCUGCUCGCGCUGGCCGCGCUGCGCUCCGUGGGGCUCGGCGGGAACCCGUGGAGCUGCCAGUGCGACAACGAGGACCUCUGCCUGUGGGUCCACCUGGAGACCUUCAAGUUCCAAGAUGAGGGCCAGACAGUGUGCGGUUCACCGGCUGACAUGCAAGGUCGCCGUCUGAGUGAGGUGGGCAUCCAGCUGCGGACGUUAUGUCACCAGACACUGGACUCCUGGGACUACCUUUUCUUCGUUGUCAUCGGCUUCGUCAUCUUCGCCGCCGGGACGGUGUCGGCGUGGCUGAUGGGCGUCGUCAUGGUGCUGUACGAGCGCUACAUCAAGAAGAAGGACAAUCAGCUGGACCUGGAGGACGAGGAGGAAGGAAUCGAGACGGUUGGUGCAUCCAGAGGCAGAACAGAGCGGGGCAACAGGAGCCUAAAAACCUCACAUACCGUUUGAAAGAAUCCGUUCACCAUGGAUUCCCGCAGUGCCUCCUGCCACACACCUCUACAGCUGUCUGUGAAGUCUGACAUUAAAUCAACACUGAGUCUCGGCUUCCAAACAGAACACGGAUGAGGAAUGUCUUUCUGAUCAUUUGUAGGGCGCUUUCCGGAGAUGAAACUGUUUUUUUGGGCGGUUUUUUCAGUCUCCAUGCUGGCGGUCCCCAUAGCUGGGUGAUACAUAAACCACAUAUGCAAAUGUAUGAAUCUGUAUGUUGUAUAAUUCUGUGUUGUGUUUGAGUGGGAUUUGAAUUUGUUGAGCGGAAAGGAAGUGUGAGUUGGUAAAACUGGCAUCAAUAGACCAGUUUGGUGUUUCCUUACAUUGUCCACACUCAGCUUAUUUUAUAUUUCAGACUUUUGGCCUCGAAACUCUUCUGAACUAGUUUUACAUUAAUAUUUUUUUAUGAUGCUGAGCGAUUUUGCAUCUUCAAUGUAAAGCACUUCAGUAAUCUCCUGCAUCUUUAUGGAAACUUCUGUCUUCAAAAGGCCCAGUGUGACUUGAAGGGACUGUAUAACGGGAUAGUUCAGGACAUUUGGAAUGAGUUCAGGCUGAAACGUUAUCAGCAGUUAAUAUUUCUGCGUCUUCAUUUCACAUCAGUCCAGAUUAGCUGGUUUUGUCGUUGGCUAGCUGAUGCUACCAACAAUCCGAGGCUCAAACAGACUCUUACAGACCGAAAACAACUCCCGAUUUCAAAACGUCACAUCAGUUUAUGAACAAAUUUCUGCUUUAGAAGAAACACAGGAAAUGUUGAGUAGAGGCAGCGCAUCCCUGAUUAUCUUCCUGCAUGAAACGUGAUGAGAACAGAUCAACAAAGUGUUCGAGGUCAGAUUAACAGUCAGAAAGGAAAGAAAUGCAGUGUAAAAAUCAUAAAGUAGCAUUUAGUCAAGCUGAUUUUUUAUGCUAAUUAAUAUAGAGCUACUGUCACCAUUUUCAUAGUUUUACCUUCAAGUGUUGAAUCACAGUUAUAAUUUGUAAUUGUUCUAAACAGAGGUGCUACCAAGUCCCAUUGUCUUAUUCUGUAACUUAUUAUUGAGACUUUGUGUAUAAAAAAACAAACAUUGUGGUUUAAGUCAUUUUUAAUUAAUAGACAUUUACAUAAUUACUGGAAAUUGCCAUUUGAGAAGGAAGAUUAUUAGAGACGCACCACCUCCACCCUCCAUAUCUGCUGAAACAUUCGUAGGUUUCUCUGUAAAUAUCCAUCCAUUCAAACCUGAAAAUGGUGUAAAAGGUUAUAAAAUUAAUAUCAAACUCUAAUUUUGAGAUUGGAGUUUAGGAUCAUGUGGUCGUGGUGCCUGUCAGAUUUAGUCCAACAAAUCUGGAUUUUAAUCAGUCGAAGACGUACUGAGUCUAUACUGCAGGUAAGACAUUAGCUGCUGAUAAUGUUUUUUUUUUUUUAGAAUCUCCUGUCAAAAAGUCCUGAACUUUCACUUGACUUGAUGUAAAAGCCUGGAAGGUUCUUGGUGAUGCAUGAAAGACAGGAAGAAAAACCUAAACGACCAAUGAAAUCCUUGAACACCGACUUUCGCAUGAGGAACUUCACAAUAUUCAGUCUCUGCACUGAAUAUUGUAUAUUGAAUAUUGUAACUUUUUACAGAGUCUAAAAGCAAUACAAGUACAAUUUACUCUGAUUAGCAUAACGCAAGUUGUAAAGUUUGAAUAAAAAGUAAAGGUCUUUUUUUUACAUAUACUGAAAUGUUUGCCUUGCUCAUGAUUCAUUGUUUACUGACCAUUGUGUCCCGUGAGCAAUAAGAAAGGAACGUUACAAGGUGGCUGCACGUUUUUCCAAGUUUUCUUCCUGCCCUUGUAUUUCUUGUAAAUAUAACAAGUAAGAUUAUUUUGCUAUUGUCAUUUGUGCAGGAUAUUUCAAGCAGACCAGAUUUUGAGUCGAAUCAGCCACGUACAAAUUUGUCCGUUCAAUUAAUGGAUCUGAAUGACUUGAAAUUGUUUGUUUAAAGUCAAUUCAACUCAUUUGAGUUUUAGUUGUCAGCAGAAGUGUUCUCUGUGAGUGACUAAAACUUGAAUCUCGAAAAGACACAGUCUCCUAAACAUUGUUCCAAUUGGUCAAAACAAUGGAAACAACGUGAUGAUGCUAGCUAGCAUUAGCAAUUCAAGAAAAAUGGCGCUCCUCAGCAUUUCUUACAUUCAAACAUUAAAGGAACAUG